GACGUCAUCAAUCCCAUCACACCUUUGAAAGUUAUCGCCAUUUCCAGUUUGGGAAAAAAAGUUUUCCUACCAAUGAGUUGCCUUUAAUAGUUUUCUUUAUUGUUUUUGAAGUUAAACAUCCACCAUGUCAAAAGCAAAGACCCAACAGCCUGCUGUUAUACACAAAGUUAUAAUGGUGGGUAGUGGUGGUGUAGGUAAAUCUGCUCUUACUCUGCAAUUUAUGUAUGAUGAGUUUGUUGAAGAUUAUGAACCAACUAAAGCAGAUUCAUAUAGAAAAAAAGUAGUUCUUGAUGGAGAAGAAGUCCAGAUAGAUAUUUUAGACACAGCAGGCCAAGAAGACUAUGCAGCUAUUCGUGACAAUUAUUUUAGAAGUGGAGAAGGAUUUCUUUGUGUAUUUUCAAUCAAAGAGCAAGAAUCCUUCCAGGCAACACAAGAUUUCAGGGAGCAAAUUCUUAGAGUGAAAAAUGAUGAAAACAUUCCCUUUUUACUAGUUGGUAAUAUGGUGGAUUUAGCAGAUCAGAGACAAGUUAGUGUUGAAGAAGCAACUAGGCGAGCUCAGGAAUGGAAUGUGAAUUAUGUAGAAACAUCAGCAAAAACUAGGGCUAAUGUAGAUAAGGUUUUCUAUGAUUUGAUGCGCGAGAUUCGUUCACGUAAAAUGGAAGCCAGCAAGCAAAGCAAUGGGAAACAGAAGAAAAAACCAACAGGUGGAAAGAAAAAAUGUGUCAUCUUGUAGAUCUUUUCAUCUUGUUGACAUUUUUAUAUAAUAUUGAAUUUUACAAUGAAAGGUUAUACUUUAGGAAUCAAAAUGUUGCAAUAUUUAAUGUGAUGUCAUUUUUAAGUAUGCUCAUGGCAGUGUGAUGUCCUGAAGGCUGUAAAGGAUCAUAUUUCUUUGCAAGGAAUUUAGUUCAUAUUGCUGGCUAUUGUUUUUCUUAUGUACGGCAGCGUUUGUUCAACUAUGCUUGUGCAACAUCAUUGGCUUUUGAAAGUCAUGUUUUUUCCAUCACCAUUUUUAAAAAUAAAUAAAAUUGUCUACGAAGAAAAUGUUAUUGUUUUAACUAUUGAAACCUUUGUGUUUUGUGAAAUAGUUUUUUAUUAAGUUCAUUAAACAUAAUGUUGAUAGACCACAAUGUGUUAAAGUAAACAACUUCGAGGCCACAAUUUACUUUGUUUAACUCAGCAGUUUUGCCACGUUAUAUGGUGACAACAGUAGGUCAAUAUUUAUUAUGCAAUAAUGCUGUAAAAUAUAACAUUUUGAUGGGUGCUGAGGCAUUAGCUAACCUGUACUACAAAACAUAUUUGACCCUUAAUUGCAAAACUAUUAAUAUUCUAAUUAUGAGAAAAAAUAAGAUGCAUUUACUUAAUACAUUUUGUUUCUUAUAAAAGGAAAAAAAAUAUUUAUUAUAAUUAGUAGAAUAUCAUUUGCUUUGUAAUGUUGGGAUUAAAUAUACUUAGUAAUGCCUGCAAUGAAAAAUACCAUGUGUAUAUAAUUGUGCAGACUGUAAUAACACAUUGCUUAAUAUUUCAUUUCUUGUUUUGACUGCUGUGAGUUUCAACAUAUUUGUGAUUAAUCUUAUUGUUUUGUAACAAAGCAUGAUGCACUAUUAAUAUUGUUUCCUGACCAGUAUUAUGGCAGAUAUAGCUGUUCAACGUGACCAUACAUUUUCCCUCAAACUUGGAAAUCCCUAACCUUUAAAGUGGUUUUAUUGGAGUCAUAUUAGUUAAUGUCAUUCUUUUGUAAUGGUUAGUGUUAUCAUUUUCCACUGUAAUUAUGCUCCAGAUAUUGUCCAAAUAAGGCAAUCCCUUAAUCAGUUAUUUGUCUCAGAAAAGCACACCCUUAGCCCUUAAUACACAAUUUUAAAAAAUGAGAAUACUAUAGCAAAUAUGAAACCUACAAUAUUUUAAAUAUUCAUGUUCACCACAGUGCUACAUAACUUCUUUCUCUUUUAUGGAGGCUUUGUUUGUAGAUUUUUAUAAAUAAGUAUUGUAGGCUAUAAUAGUUUCCUCUGUGUUUUUUUUUUUGUGCCUGAUAUAUUGUACCAUACAUUUUUUUACUGUUACUUAGUAGUAAAAAAUAAAGUUAAAGCAUGUCGUUUUACUUAGGGCCAGUAAAGCUUCCUAGCACCGACCCAGACAGUAAAUGGUGUUCUGGAUAUUGUGGUCCAAUGUCACCGCAAAAGGAUUCAAAAUUAUUCCAUUAUUGAUUGAAGGUGUGUUGGUUGCAAAUAUAUACCUUUCUUAUUGGAAUAACGAGCUGGGUCAAUAUUUCAAUAUAUUUCUUUAGCCUGCUUUGACCAUUUAAUUUGUACAGAAGAUAUUGUUUCCUGUAUAUUUGUUGUGAAGUAUGUAUAUUCUCAAAAACAAUAAAUACUUUUUCUUGUGUUAUAUUUAUGUAAUGAAUGAAAUCUGUUAGAGAGCCUUAAAGUCUUGUAAAAAUUGCUUUGAAAUGUAUAUAUAUACUAGUGAACUAUCACAUUGUAUCGUGUAGAAUUACUUUAAUUUUCAGUUAGUAUUAACUUUUUUGCAUAUUGUCUCUUGUUUUCUUGUGUCUGAUGGCUGGAUUUUAAUUGAUUACUUUAGAAUUACAAAUUAUCCAUAAAUACACAUACUUUAUUUUGCAAUAUAUUUGUGCCACUUCUGAAUAUACAACACAAUAACUACCAGUUGUCAGUCAAAAAGUAUUUGGUUUACUGUUUGAUAAUAAUGACUUGGCAGGAAUACAAAAUCUACUUUUAUGCUUAAAUCCACAUCAUUGGUACCUUAUUUUCUGGUAGGUUUUAUUGACAUGCAGAUUGUUUGAAAAUAAUUUGAGUUACAAACUGAUGGACUCAACAAAUUUGACCAAAAGUGAGAAAGUUGAAGUAAUCUGUGAAACACAAUGGGACCAUUGUUUGUAUUUUAAUACAAUUGUAUUCUUUUAGUCAAUUUCAUAAUUCUGUUUCUAAUACACCUGAACUUUUGAUUACUUUAUACUCUGUUGGUAAAUUAUUUUCAAAAAUUUAAUAUUAUGUUUUUAUAGUUUGAUAUUACUGAUCCAUUCACAAUAUUAGGUGGCUAAGGCACAGGUUGUAACACAUUUUUGCUUUUCAGUAAUGGCAGUAUUUAGCUCUUGAAAACUGAAACAUGCAGCUUAAAAUGUGAUCACUGGAGUUUAUUUUUAUCUUACAAAUCUGUGUAUUAAUACAUCCCUACAGUGACAAAAGCUAUAAAAAUGGUAGGACUAGAUGAUCUAUUUUAAACUAACUGGAUUUUUAAAGCUGCACAACUUAACAUUCAAAAUGGGUAUCAUUUGAUUUUUAUAAAUAUGUGAUAUUUCAAAUUUUAGAUAUUUCUAAUUAUUUAAACUUGGAUCUUUAAAAAAUAACAUGCAAGAUCACCAUAUUUGUUCUGUAUCAGUUGUGUUAACAAUAAUGAACAAACAUGUUUGACUCUUUUUACUGAUGUAAUCAUAGUAAAUUUUAAAAAUAAGUGUCUUAGCUGCAGUUCCAUUAGUGUAAAAACAUUUUGUGGCUCUUUAUUCUUGUAAUACUUAUUAUCCCUGAACCUUUAUCUUGAAUUAAUAACCCUUUAAGACAAAGAAUUAAUCGACUCCUAAAGUAGUGAGUAUGGUAUGUAUGCCCUUCACUGUAAUUAUCUACUUACUUUCUGCAUGCAGUUAAUUUAUGGUUUUUGAAAUGAAGAAGGAACUUUUGCUCCAGCUACAAUUUUCUAUUCAAGACCAUGUUUUUUUAAAAUAAUUAUGUAUGGGGUUUUGCCAUUUCAAAGAGUUGUUCUGAGUUUGUCACCCACUGCAUUGUUAUCUAACUGUAAAAGUUAUUAGCCUCAAUGUAACUAUUAUAAACAACAUUUAAUUACACUGUUGAUUGCUUUUAAAUAUUUGUUUUGGCUUACACUUGCUUCUUUGGUAUUGAACUUAGCUAAUUAUGCACAAAAUAAAGGUCAGUAAUUGAAGUAGUUCAUUACAAAUUAGAAAAACUGACCUAGGUAACAUUCACUUUUGUAAUAGAGAAUGAGUGUCAUGACAGUGGCAAUGUUUAAAUAGCAAGAGAUGUAAAUAAAAAGGAACAUUCUUAUAGUUACAGUGUACAAUGUGUGCUGAUGCAUUUAUUUGCAUUGUGUAUUCUACAUCCUAGUUGAAUAUUGCUGAACCUUUCAUUUUGAGAGGACCAUUAUUGAAUAUGUGAAGUGUGAAUAUGAUUUGAAGAGAGCACUUAUCUAUGUGGCUGUAUUUUAUUGUUUUGUACCUCUUAAAACUGGUUUUUGUAUUUAUUUCAAAUACACACAUGACAGCAA